UUCACUUAUUUCAGUCGAGUUCAAUUUUUUUUUGUUAAUUUAUAAAUAUAUUUUUUGAGUGAACCUUAUAAAUAAUAUACGGAUAUAUAUAUAUAUAUAUAUAUGCAUAAAUGGCAUUAAUUUUUCGGAGAUAACGAGAAUCGUUCAGUAGGAGAGUACAACCAGGACAAUAAUUGCAGAAAAUACUUCAGUACAUAAAGCUUAUGUGAACUUGUACCGUAUUCCAAUACGUUUUAAACGGGUGUGAUUGUAAAAACGUGCGAGUGAAGUGAAAAGUUUGAGUUCAAAAUUAAUUCUAACAUUUUUAGCAAUUCACCCCGGAAAAAAUCAAAAAAAAAAUCGAAAAUUGUGAAGAAUUUGAACUAAUAUCCAAUAUAAUAUAGGUAAAUUAUGGGAUAUUUGAAGACGUUGCCUGAGGCCCUUCCUUUGUCACCCUGUAAGUGGAUUAAGUGGACUGAAAUGAAAAGCCAAUCUUUAAUAAUGGAAUAUUCGGGACAACUACUGAGUCUACUAUUGGUUGUAGUAGCAGAAACUGUUACCUCAGAAAAAAACCAAACUCAAUUACUACCGCAUCAAGCGCCUAUUGUGUGGCCGCAGCUCUCCAUUGUAUCUGGAAAUGAAGAGAUUACAAACCAAGAAAUCACAGUGGAGGAAGGCGAAGAAGUAGAGUUUGGCUGUUCUAUGUCAGUCAGUGAAAAUACGCAACUGAAAAUUGUAUGGUGGAAAAACGGAGAACGAGUGAAUAGUGGUCCCAAUGGUAUUCAGAUUGAUAAUGGAUCGAUAGCUAUUCCCAGCGUUGAACAUCAUCAUCACGGGUUGUAUCAAUGCAUACCUGAAAACUGGGGGGAAGACCCUCCUCACGCAUCGGUAACCAUUAACGUAAAGCACAAGCAAACCGACAAUAUGUUAAUGCAGCCAUCGGUGAUACAGCCGAGUUGUAUUGUAACUAUCACACAAAUGCUGUAGACGUUUCAAUCUAUUGGGCGAAAGAAGGGA